GUUCACAUCUGACCAAUGUUUGACCUAGAAAAGGAUCCAUAUGCAUUACGACACCGUUUGGUCCUUAACCUCUUAAGGCUUCACACUGCUCCAAAGAUAGCUGUUUCCGAAGCUCUUUGUCAGUUAAUCGGAAGAGCAAUGGAAAGUGAAGCGGAUGAGGCGACAAUGACGGCGGUGAAAGAGAUGAGAGGUAGAUUGGAGAACCGAAUCCGAACCCAGCACGAGGCACACUUGGAUCUCCUCUCAUCUCUCCAAUCCCUAGUCCCCGACAUAGUCCCAUCCCUCGAUCUCUCUCUCCGACUCAUCUCUUCCUUCACGAACCGACCUUUCCUCGCAACACCUCCUUUACCCGAACCCAAGAACCACCACCCAAUCCUCCUCAAAUCAGACACCCAACCACAACAACAACAACAACAAGGCUACGACUCCUCCUCCUCGAAACCACCGAUGCUUACCGAUUCAUCAACCGCCGAAGCAGACGGAUCGAGCGGGAGUCCCAUGGCUCUCGUGAGAGCAAUGGUGGCCGAGUGUCUGCUCCAGCGAGUACCUUGGUCGGCGACGGACUCGUCGAGCGUGGGGAGAAAGCUGGAGAACGACCAGAACGCGAGACAGGCGGAGAGAGCAGCGCUGCGUGAGCUGGGCGGAGAGUGUGGGGCCAUCCAAGCCGUGGAGACUGCUCUUAAGUCGAUAGCCGAAGAGAACGGUUCUGUCGAGUUGGAGGAGUUCGAGGUUAACGGGACGGCUCGGAUCAUGGUGUUGGCUAUUGAUCGGACCAGGUUGCUCAAAGAGCUUCCCGAGAGUUUUAACGAAUCGGGUCGGGUCGUUGAAGCCACUAAUAAUAAUAAUAAUAACAACUCCACAGGGGGGAGCUUUGGGGUUUCCGGGUCGGGUAAUUUCGUUAGACCCGAGAUGUGGCCGAUGAUGAAUGCAGGGAUGAUGGGGAUGCAUCAUCAUCAUCAUCAGAUGGGGAUGAUGGGUAGGCCACCACCGUUUCCUUUGCCGUUGCCUUUGCCGGUUAAUCACAAGGUUGGUAGGAGUGAGGAUGAUGAUUUGAAAGACGUUGAGGCUCUUUUGAGUAAGAAGUCUUUUAAGGAGAAGCAACAGUCCAGGGCUGGUGAGGAGUUGCUUGAUCUCAUUCACCGUCCCACCGCCAAAGAAGCCGCUACUGCUGCUAAGUUUAAAAGCAAAGGAGGAUCACAGGUUAAGUAUUACUGUAGGUAUUUAACUAAAGAGGAUUGCCGUCUUCAGUGUGGUGCCCACUUUGCCUGCAGCAAGAGACAUUUUCGUCGACUAAUCGCUUCACAUACCGACGUCAGCCUAGGAGAUUGUUCCUUUCUCGAUACUUGUCGUCACAUGAAGACUUGCAAAUACGUGCAUUACGAGCUUGACAUGGCUGACGCUAUGAUGGCUGGUCCAGAUAAGGCACUGAAGCCUCUACGUGCUGACUACUGUUCGGAAGCUGAGCUUGGUGAGGCACAAUGGAUUAACUGCGACAUCCGUAACUUUAGAAUGGACAUUUUGGGAACUUUUGGAGUUGUUAUGGCGGACCCACCGUGGGACAUUCACAUGGAACUUCCAUAUGGAACGAUGGCUGAUGACGAGAUGCGUUCACUCAAUGUUCCCUCGUUGCAGACUGACGGUUUGAUCUUCCUCUGGGUCACCGGUCGUGCAAUGGAGCUAGGCCGCGAAUGUUUGGAGCAUUGGGGAUACAAGCGAGUGGAAGAGAUCAUAUGGGUGAAGACGAAUCAGCUUCAACGUAUUAUACGAACGGGGAGAACAGGUCACUGGCUCAACCAUAGCAAAGAGCAUUGUCUGGUUGGAAUCAAAGGAAACCCAGAAGUCAACAGAAACAUCGACACAGAUGUGAUUGUUGCAGAGGUUAGAGAGACAAGCCGGAAGCCAGACGAGAUGUAUGCAAUGUUAGAGAGGAUCAUGCCAAGAGCAAGAAAGUUAGAGUUAUUUGCCCGUAUGCACAAUGCUCAUGCCGGAUGGCUGUCACUAGGGAACCAGCUAAGUGGAGUCCGGUUAAUUAACGAAGGGCUUCGAGCUCGAUUUAAGGCAUCAUACCCUGACGUAGAUGUGCAACCACCAUCACCACCAAGAGCUUCAACAAUGGAGACAGACAAUGAACCAAUGACGGUUGACUCAAUCACAGCUUAGUUGAAUUGAAAGAGAAAACUAGAGCCAAUAAUCUCAGCCUUUUUGUAUCUAGACCGUCGAGAUUGCAGUCUUUGAUGAGCUAACGACCGUGAUCAUGUUGAUUUUUCAAAGAGUAACAUUUUGUGGCAUAUUUGUAAUAAUCUGAAUCUUUAUGGAAAUGCAAGGAAAAUGCUUUUUUGAAGCCUUAA